AUGCAAGCACAGGAUAAACCAAAAGUUCAUCAAGUUUUAUGCAUGAAGAUCCUAUUAUAUACAGGGAGAUACAUGAAGCCUGUGCUCCUGCUACUCCACAAUUAGCUAAAACAGUGCUGGAUCAAGAUUUUGUUACUGGGCCUUCUCAAGUUCAAUCUGAGCUUACCACAUCCAAGUUGUUUCAUGAUUCAACCACUUCAUCAAAUCUUGAUAUGGGAGAUGGUAGAACUGGUGAUUCCAGUCAAAUGUGGCAAGAUGGCCCCUGUAUUGAAAAUGGCAGGGAAGUUCACAUAGAAGAAGAAUUUCCAGAAGUUAAAGUAGACUUUCAGGAGACAUUUUUGGGUCACACAAGUCCUAUCAGUCGGUGCCGCUUUUCUGCGUCAGGGAACAAUAUAGCCAGUGCUUCUAUAGAUGGUACAGUGACAUCAGGAACAACAAAUAGAAGCAAUAUUGUCCCAACAGGAGGGUCUCGUGGUGAUAUAAGCCAGGGACCUAAUUUUGAAGCCAAAGUGGCAAAGCUUGUUGAGCUAGGGUUUGGAAGGAAGCAGUCAUACAAGCUCUUAAAUUAUUCGAAGGAAAUGAAGAUCAGGCACCAGGGUUUCUUUUUGGGGGUUGAAGUUAACAUUUAUUUGUAGACUUCAAUUUUUGUGGAAUAAUGUUUGGUUCAGUAAUUUAAUUGCAAAUUAACAAAUUGAAAUUUGUGUACU